AUGUCCGACGCACCCUCGACGUCUGCUGCGCCCACGACGGACGCACCGGCUGCUGCUGCGCCCGCCGCCGCCGCCGCGCCUGCUGCCGCCGAGCCGGCCACGUCCGGCAGUGCCGCCGCGGCGGCCGGCGACGCCGAGCCGCUCUCCAAGGAGGCCGCGACGGCCGAGACGCUGCGCCAGGUCGAGUUCUACUUCUCCGACGCCAACCUGCCGUUCGACAAGUUCCUCUUCACGCUCUCGCGCAAGAGCGCCGACGGCUGGGUACCGCUGGCGACGCUGGCGAGCUUCAAGCGCAUGCGCCCCAUGCGCGAGGCGCUCAGCGACGUCGAGCUCGCGGCCGCGCUGCGUCCCAGCGCGUCGCUCGAGGUCGACGAGCCGGGCACGCACGUGCGCCGCCGCGUCGCGCUCGCGCCCGUCAAGGACGCCUUCCAGCGCAGCGCAUAUGCCAAGGGCUUCCCGGAUGAGACGCCCGCGCUGCAGCCGGCGCUGGAGAAGUACUUUGCUCAGUUCGGCCGCGUCAACGUCGUGCGCAUGCGCCGCGACGCCGCGACGCGCGCCUUCAAGCACAGCGUCUUCAUCGAGUUUGCCGAGUUUGCCGAGAUGGAGAAGUUUGUCGCGCUCGGCAAGCUGCCUGACGAUGCGCCGGAGCACCCCAAGUGGGAGGACGGCACGCCGCUCGUGCUCAUGACCAAGGAGGACUACUGCCAGAUGAAGAUGGUCGAGAAGGGCAUCGACCCCUCGACGAUGAACCGCGGCAGCGGCUCGGGCUCGCAGAAGAUGUCCAACGCCGGCCCGCGCUUCAACGCGUUCAAGGAGCUCGAGCGCGAGGCGGCCGGCAAGCCCAACGCGCUCUCGGGCGCCGAGCGCGAGCGCAAGCCUAAGGUCGAGCAGCCGCCGAAGCCGAAGCGCGAGGACCCGCUCGAGAUGGAGUUCAACGGCAAGAAGCUCACGACGCGGCCCGACGGCACCAUCGACCCCGAGGACGUGGCCUUCCCGCACAAGAGCGUGCUGAAGUUCGAGGGCGCGGGCGAGAACGCCAACUGGAAGGACCUGAAGACUGUCCUCAUGGAGAUGCACCCGACUGCCUUUGUCGAGUUCCCGGCCGGUGCGACGGAGGGCGCUGUGGGCUUCAAGGAGACGGUGGAGGAUGAGAAGCUGCAGCAGAUCGUGGACAAGGCGAUCGAGAUGGGCGGCAAGGUGCUGACCUGGUCGCGCGUCGACGAGGACCGCGCCAAGCAGUUCUACGUCGAGCGCGCCAACUUCCGCGCCAACUACCUGCUGGACAUGCGCGAGAACGGCGGCGCCUCGAACGGCGGGCGCGACGGCGGCCGUGGCGGCCGGGGUGGACGGGGCGGGCGCGGCGGGCGCGGAGGUCGCGGUGGCGCGCGGGGCGGGCGUGGCGGCGGACGCGGAGGGCGCCGCGACGGCGGCGACGGUGCCAAGCGUGAGCGCGACGACAACGCCUCGGAGCGGCCGGCCAAGCGCCGUGCCGUCGACGCCGGCGACCUCGUCGGCUCGGGCGCCAGCGCCGCACCGCCGACGAUCGGCAGCGCCAAGGCAGAGUGAGCUGAGCGCGUGCGCCUGCUCCGGCACUCAAAAUGCUCGCUGUUGCACCACGGACCCAACAGGCUAGACGACUCUGUACAUUUUCUCGGGCGUCCCUAUUAUUCAUGACUCGCUAGAGCUGCGCAU